AUGAAAAGUCAUCUCAAACCUCUUUUCAUCAGGGCAAAAGUUGAGAAUGUUGGAAUCAACAAAGUGCUCAUAGAUGGAGGAGCGGCUGUCAACUUAAUGCCUCAAUCUAUGCUCUACAAGAUCGGGAAACAUGACACUGAUCUAUCUGCCCACAACAUUGUGCUCUCUAAUUAUGAGGGCAAAACUGGCUAUUCUUUGGGAGCCAUUCAAGUAGAUGUUGCUGUAGGCAGUAUAGUUCGACCAACUCUAUUCCUGGUGAUACAGUCCAAGGCUAAUUUUAACUUGCUAUUAGGAAGGGAAUGGAUCCAUGGAGUUGGGGCUGUGCCAUCUACUCUCCACCAGAAACUCAUUAUUUGGAGGGAGGAUGGGAUUGUUGAAAAUAUAGAGGCAGAUCAAAGCUUCUAUAAGUCAGAAGUUGAUAAUGUUACUCCACAAACUUUGACAAAAAUUUGGCUAACAUAG